AGAUGCUAUUCAAGAAAAAGGGGGGAGAACCCAAGUCUUUGCCUUUUCCCUUUCCUCUCGCUCAAUCCUCCCUCACUUCCUCUUCAUUCUUUUCUUCUCCAACUCCUCUUCUUUCUCUCCCGUCAAGCACUCUCCUCCACCUGUGCCUUGGGCUUGCAUACGCCCCCCUCCCCCCGUCUACUCAUACGGUAAAGCUUGUCAGCUGCGAAUUCCUCUCACCAAUCGACCCUCAAAACCUACCUCGCAAGGCUAACCAUGUCCUCAAGCGCUCUUCAGGUCGCUAACGAGCAGCGACGACGGUUGUAUCAUGAGGCCGAUGUCGUCGUGGUGGGCGCCGGUGUCUUUGGCUGUGCCGUCGCCUUUGCUCUUGCGAAACAGGGCCGGAGCGUGCUCCUCCUCGAACGAUGGUUGAAGGAACCAGAUCGUAUAGUCGGCGAGUUAUUACAACCGGGUGGCGUCUCUGCGCUCGAGAAACUCGGUCUCUCCCACUGUCUGGAAGACAUUGAUUCAAUUGUGGUCAAGGGAUACGGUGUUGUAUACCACGGGACAGAGGUUAGGAUUCCGUACCCAGAGAAUGCUGGAGGUACGUUGGAAGGCGGCAUCUACGAAUCAGCAAACGAGAAAAGCUCAAAGCCGGAGGGGAGGAGCUUUCAUCAUGGCCGAUUCAUCGGUCAAUUGCGCAAGGCUUGCGCCAGCCAACCGAAUAUCACCCUCGUUGAGACCGAAGCCACAGAUACGAUUAUGAGUACACACAACCCCCAGGUUCUUGGAGUCGAAUCAAGAACUGUGAACCCUACAACGGGAGAAAAAGAGCAGGACUAUUAUUUCGGGAAACUUACAAUAAUCGCGGAUGGUUAUGCGUCGAAGUUCCGGAAACAAUAUAUACACAGGGCACCUGUCGUCAAGAGCAAAUUCUAUGCUUUAGAGCUGAUAGAUUGUCCAAUGCCAAUCCCAAACUAUGGCAUCGUCGUAAUAGGCGACGCAGAGCCUGUCCUUCUAUAUCAGAUCGGAACCCACGAGACUCGGGCUCUGAUCGAUAUUCCAGAAGGCCUCCCCACUGCAUCCCCCGCUGUGGGAGGGGUUCGCGCCCAUAUCAGGAACGUCGUCCUCCCUUCUCUGCCCAAGCAAGUCCAGCCUUGCUUCGAAAAGGCUCUGGAGGAUGGAAAGAUUCCAAGAAGUAUGCCAAAUAGCUGGCUACCACCUACCACACAAGCACAGAAAGGGAUUGUGUUACUCGGCGACGCCAUGAACAUGCGGCAUCCCCUAACCGGUGGCGGAAUGACCGUGGCAUUCAACGACGUCGUCCUACUCUCCACCCUCUUAUCACCCGAACGAAUCCCUGACCUGGGAGAUACGGCGGCAAUCCGAAGAGCCAUGAGAGAAUUCCACUGGAAACGCAAGGGCCUUUCCUCCAUAAUCAACAUCCUCGCACAAGCCCUAUAUAGUCUCUUCGCAGCCAACGAUGAUCAGCUCAAAGCCCUGCAGAAAGGCUGUUUCGCGUACUUCCAAAAGGGAGGCAACUGUAUUGACGGCCCAGUCGGCCUCCUCGCCGGCAUUACCAGACAGCCGCUCGUGCUCUUCUACCACUUCUUCUCGGUUGCCAUACUUUCGAUAUGGAUCGUGAUUCAGGAGACCGUGGGUGGACUCUUCGGACUAUGGAAGUUACCGAUAGCGAUCUGGGAGAGCUUUAUGAUUUUCUACAAGGCAUGCGUGGUCAUCUUCCCCUAUAUCUUCAGCGAGGUAUGGGCUUAAGAAGACCAAGGAUUUAAUGAUGUAAAAUAUAGAAGCUUUUGGCGUUGGACGUAAUUGUCUCUUUAGGGACCGGGACGGUUGUUGUUUCUUGUUGUACGCUAUACCACCAGAGCGAGCAUGGGAUGGGCGUUGAGCGAUGGAUUGAAAAAAUAUACUCUACCUAGUCAGUCAAGUCGACCUGACACUAAAAUUUAAUUAUCUUCUUCAGUAUUCCCA